AUGGCAGGGGUGUUGGACCUGCUCCUCGGCAAGCUCACCAUGCUGCUUAGCGACGAGUACAAGAUGCUCACAGGGGUGAGGAGGCAUGCCUCCUUCCUCAAGGACGAGCUCAGUGCCAUGAAAGCUCUUCUUGACAAGAUGGAGCUUAUGGACAAGCUUGAUCCCUCAGCCAAGAACUGGAGGGAUCAUAUAAGAGAGAUGUCCUAUGAUAUGAAGAACUGCAUCGACGACUUCAUGCAUGAUAUUGAAGGUACCCAUGUAAAGGCAGGCUUUGUUAGAAAGAUGGUUCAGCGUCUUAGGAGGCUGGGGAGACGUCAUAAGAUAGCGAAGAGGAUCCAGGAGCUCAAGGUUCUUGCGGUGGAAGCAAGUGCUCGACGUGAGAGAUACAAGAUUGAUGAUUGCAUCAAUUCGAGUCGUGGUGUUGCGGUUGUGGAUCCCCGGAUGUCGGCGAUCUACAAUGAUGCGGCAUGCCUGGUAGGUAUUGAUGGACCAAAAGAAGAGCUUGUCAGUUGGUUAACUGAUUCACAUAAGAAACUCAAAGUGGUUUCUAUUGUGGGGUUCGGAGGUGUGGGUAAAACUACACUUGCCAAACAAGUGUACAAUGAGAUUGGAGAGCAAUAUAACUGUAAGGCAUUUAUUUCGGUCUCCCAAAGACCUGAUAUGAAAAGCCUUCUUGGUGGCCUACAAUUCAAGCUUGGACUGGAGGAGUCUUCUCAUGCUCACGAGCUGCAAGACUUCAUUGACCAGCUUAGAGAACACCUCAAACAUAAAAGGUACUUCAUUUUAUUGGCUGACUUGUGGGAUCAAUCGACAUGGAACAUUAUUAAUUGUUCCUUUCCGGAAAAUGAUAAUGGAAGUAGAGUAAUGAUAACCACAUGA